ACCAGCAUCCCUUGCCCUCCAGAUCAAACACACACCUUCGAUCACCCUGCACUCAGUCUCCCAGCCUUCUCCUGGCUCACCAUAAAUAUCAGGGACUCCUCACUCCCCACACACCGGGAGGGAUCCUGCUCUCCUCCAGUGACCCCAGCCAUGCGGACCCUCGCCCUGCUUGCUGCCCUCUUCUUGUUGGCCCUGCUGGCCCAGGCUGAGCCAAUCCCAGAGAAAGCUGAGGACAUCACAGAAGAGCACUCAGAGGAUGAGGACGACUACCAGAAGGCCUUCUCCCCUGAAGAUGCUGAGACCUCUGAAGAGGCUGGUACCCAAGGGCACAGGCCAGGACCACGACCCCGCCCUCCACGGCACAGACAACAUCCCUGCCCUUUGAGCCUUGUACCUGGACAAAGACCUCAUCUCCAGGACCCUGAGCUUGCACAAGCCAGCCCUCUGAGCUCUAUACUCAGACCACAACCAAUAGGACCUGUCAUUAUCCGCCCUAUACCACCAAUACGACCUCCCCCUCGGCCUCCUAUAUUACCUCGCCCUCUGCCUCCUAUACCUGGACUAGGACGCCAACCCGUGCGCCCCAAGCCAGUUGUUAUUGUUGGACCCCUUAGAAAGCAAGCCCAGUGGCCUGGAGAAGAGGAGCAGCAGGGAAUUUGAUCAGAAGCUGCAGAAGUUUGUAGGCACAGUGCUCAGGCACAGACCUGGAACCUGCAUAUGUGGUCCUACACACGGCAUACUCUGCUGUCAUUCAGGAUGAAAAAAGGUCAGCAUUGACACUGAUACCUACGGAACCCUUUGUCAACCUCUCCUUGAUCUCAAUGUUCCUUCUCUAUUUCAAGUAAAUUCCUUGCAGCA